AUGGCAGCCUCGCCAACCCAGCGGACGGCUCCUCUCUGGGCUGGCGGCAACGCCCAGUAUCAGGGAUGUGUGGGCGAAGGCCAGUGGAGGCCAGUUCACAGGUGGACCAUAGAUGGGGUCCUGCAUGCCUCUCCCUCCGCCGACGGGCAGCCCUUGGCUCACCGGCGGGCCCACCGCCAUCGCCACCCGCAGACCCCGCCCCGCGAGCGGGCGACCCUGAGCAGCUCUGCGGCCCCGGCUGCCAAGGCCCCCACUCAAGACCUGGGGGUCCAGCACGGCCGGCCGCGGGCUCCCGAGGGCAACGACCGUCGCGCAGCCGCGGGGGGUGCGGGGGGAGCGAGACCUGCGCCCCGGGGUCACCCCGCGCCGGACUCGCCAAGGACACCCGCGCCCUCGGGUCACCCCGCGCCGGACCCGCCCACGACCCUCGCGCCCCGAAGCCGCCGCUCUCCGCGCUCCGGUGUCACCCCGCGCCGGACCCCGCCCAGGAUCCCCGAACCCGCGCCGGGGUCCCCGCGCUCUGAACUCGCCUGGCCCCGCACCCCGGGGUCACUCCGCGCCGCCCCACGCGCCCCCGCCCAGGGGUCCCCCGCGCCCAGAACCCCCGCGCCCGCACCUCUCGGCGCCGCCCGCUCCCGGCCCGCGGGCCUCGGCGGCGGCUCCCCGGCAACCGGCGGGCAGGGCGGCCCGGACGCGGCGCCCGCAGCGGCCCCUGGCGGCCGGAGGACCCGGCCGGGCAACGCGGGCACGGAGGGCGCCGUCCGGGGGCGCCAGGUGGCCCUCGUGCCGCGGACCCGCCUGCAGCGUCCUUCCCUGUGGAAGGACCCAGGGCCGCCCCCCACCCCGCCCCUGCAGCCCCAGGUGAGCGGCCCGCCCGGUCGAUUCGCCUCUGGCCCCUUCCGGUCAAUGGCAUCCUCAGACACCAGUCCGUCCCCCUCCCCCCUCCCGCAUAUUAUUUGCUGCCGAGUUCCCCAGGGAGCACGUAUCCUGUGA